CUUCGUAGUAUUUUUUUUUCAAACAGUGUUAUAACUGUGUAAGCACCCACCGUUCUUGUAUUCAUUCUUGGAUGCGCAAGCACCCACAGUUGUUGUAUUCUUCAUUCUUAGACAUAUAUGUCUACAAAUCUGGGCUGCGAUCAAUGACUCCAUCCUCCAAAUUUUGCAAUACGAAAAUGGGGUACUGUCUCUUUCAAUACUCUUCUUGCAUUUCAUCUUAUUUUUUCACACUUGAACCUUUGCUGUUAUCUUUUGGUGGUAGUCAGUCGGUGAAAGGGUGGUUUUUAAAGAAUGAAAUGAAAAAAAGAAGACAACCGUACAAAUUUGAAGAAAGGGUUGAAAUGGGUUGCCUCUGAUCUAGGGCACACAACUUGUAUGUGAAUCAAAAGAAAGGGUUACCCCCUUUUCUUGUGAUUCUCUGAACUUGGAUGUGCCUUUCCGAGGUUCUUUCACAUGACGUUAUUUUCCUUUGUCUUUUUGUUGGACAUGAUUUCUGAAUAUAUGCUCUUCUAGUGAAAUUUUAUGAUCCUCUGGGCUUUGUUUCAUUCGCGCUCUAUUACGGAGUAUUUGCUUGUGGGUAAAGAAGGGUCUUAAGAAUUUAUUUCUAUUGAGUUUAAUUUACUUGUACACAGUUCUUCCACGAUUGUUUGUUGAUGUUUUUGGGGGUGACCAGAUCUGGCUCACAGUUUGGGUAGCAUACGGAGAUUUGGGGGCUUUUAUGAUUUUGUUGUUAGAUAUCUGAUCUCCGCACUAUGGAAAAUGUGGUGUGGAUGGCAUUGGUUUUUGCGCCAGGAUUAUUAACCUUGGUAAUUAAGGGAGUAGGCGAGGUAGUUUAACCAUGAAAGGUUCUCUUCUUCUAGAGGUUAACUUUCAUUACUACUCCUUGAAUAGUGAUUUUGAUGGACAAGAUGUAUCAAGCUGUUGUGGUUCCAUUUAAUUUAGGCAACUUCGUCUCUGAUAACCAAAUCCACAUGGAUGUCACUAACCUAAAUGUGAUUAGCUAUUCUGAGAGUGAGCUUAAUGUCACAAUUUCGAGUACUGCCCGGGAGAGUGAGGAUGAUGAUCUGAUUAUUGACUCAUCAUGUUCCGUAUCCGUGGGGAGUGAUUCUAUUAGCAUAUGCAAUGAUGAUUUGUUAGCUGAGUUGGCUUGUGCUGAAGGGUCCUGCCCUAAACCAACCGUUGUUCACCAUCAACCACCCACCAUUCAUAAAGAUUCUUUGGGUGGAAUCGUGAGCAGGAGUGUUUUUGAAGUGGAUUAUGUGCCGCUUUGGGGGUAUGCGUCUGUGUGUGGAAGGAGGGCAGAAAUGGAAGAUGCGGUUUCAACUGUGCCGAGCUUCUUUAAGGUUCCUCUGGAGAUGCUAAUCGGCAAUCCUCUGCCAGAUGGAAUGAAAGGGCAUUUGAGUCAUUUGACUGCUCAUUUCUUUGGAGUCUAUGAUGGUCAUGGUGGCUCUCAGGUUGCAAAGUACUGUCGUGAUCGGAUUCACACUGCACUGGAAGAAGAGCUAUGUAAUGAACUAAGAAAAGAAAAUGUUGAAAAUACUCAAGCAUUAUGGAGAAGGGCAUUUGGCAAUUGUUUUGUGAAGGUUGAUGCUGAAGUUGGGGGGCAGGGAAGUGUUGAGCCAGUUGCUCCAGAAACAGUGGGGUCUACGGCUGUUGUUGCCAUCGUUUGUUCAUCUCACAUAAUCGUGGCAAACUGUGGCGAUUCAAGAGCGGUUCUCUGUCGUGGGAAAGAACCAAUGGCGUUAUCCGUGGAUCAUAAACCCAACAGAGAGGAUGAAUGUGAACGGAUUGAAGCAGCUGGGGGGAAAGUUAUACUGUGGAAUGGGCAUCGAGUCUUUGGCGUUCUUGCAAUGUCAAGGUCCAUAGGAGACAGAUAUUUGAAACCUUGGAUCAUUCCAGAUCCCGAGGUGUUGGUUGUUCCAAGAACAAAGGACGAUGACUGCCUUGUUCUUGCCAGUGACGGAUUGUGGGAUGUGAUGACGAACGGAGAAGUCUGUGAUUUGGCCCGAAAGCGCAUUCUCCAAUGGCACAAGAAGAAUGGUGGAGGCAGUGGUGAGAGGGGCGAGGGCAUGGACCCCGCAUCUCAAGCUGCAGCGGAGUACCUAUCCACCCGUGCCCUUCAGAAGGGAAGCAAGGACAAUAUAACUGUGAUUGUGGUGGACUUGAAAGCUCAAAGAAAGUUUAAGAACAAAACCUAACCCUGUCCUCAUAGUAUAAAAACUUCACAAGAGACAGCAGCAUAUAAGAACACCCCCUGUAGGUAUUACUGCUAUUACGUGUUAAGGGCACCUCUUUUAUAGAUUUUUUGUGUGUAUUUUAUUUUUUAUUUGAAACUUUAUUUAGGUACUUAGUAAAAUUGGAAGGCAUUCGUAAAUGUGGUGCUUUAGGGGAGAAAUUUACACACAAUGUGGUUAGUAACUGAUUAAAUGUAAAAAGGGUUAUUAUCAUGCCUCCGAAUUGUGGAAGGCUUUGGAA